AGAAUUCGCAAUUCCGGGAAAGAAUGAUUCCUGGAAUUCCGCCGAAAUCAUGUCGUAAGAAAAGCCGGAAGAAACUAUUGCUAGACUGUUUACGAUUUGUAAUUUGUCGCAUUUGUAGAAAGAUUUGAGGCGAGAACACAGUGUACUCGAAUGUAGAGUUUGUGAACAAACGCUUGAUAGACUUGUAACGCUUGAUAGAGGUGUAUAAAGAAGGGAUAAACGCUUGAUAGCAGCAACAAGGUCUCCUCUACCGGUUACAAAACGAUAGAAGAUGCAAAGCUCGCACGAAAGAGAUCAUUCUCGCUACAGCUACCCUUACGCCGUGUACAUCUUCAGUGGAGAUGCACAACGAAUGAAACAACAUCAAGGUCGGUGCUGGGACUUAUACGGUUUGUGGACCCACUCCACGUCUCCUGUCGUGCAAUAUAUUUGUGAAGAAGGCAGUAGUUCACCCGCGGAGAGAUUGGGCCUUGAAUUACUCGGUCAGUGUAUACCACAGUCAAUGAGUCGAGGUCAUCGUCGACACGGUCGUGGAAGAUGGUUGGUUAUAUUUAAUGAUGGUGCAGUAUUGGAACCGUCUUUGACUCAACCAGAUGGUCUUGCUCCUAUCAAAUGUUUUAUUAAGGAAUUACCAAUGGAAAGUCCAUUCGUAAAGUUUAAGUCUGACCGUGCAACACACCGCAGCCGUUCGCCUGAGCGCAGGCUCAGAGAAGAUACUCAUGAAAGACGUGUUCCUGUGGACAGGCCCGUGAUUCCUCAUGAAAGACGUGUUCCUGUGGACAGGCGCGAUGAUCGAGCAUCCAGGAGCCCAGAGCGACCAUUGCAGUGGUAUACAACAUCACGGGGUGAAGAGACUUUGAGAAGUAUCUAUAAUCAAUGUACUCGUGCCUUUCCAGCUCCAGCAAGUAAAGUUGAGAUGAGUAGGGACUCUAUUCACCAUAAUAUGCAACUGACGAUCCAGCAUAACCAGAAAACAUAUAGCAUCCAUUUUCCCGACAAUUUUCCACAAAGUUCAGCACAUGUAGUAAUCAGCAGCAUCUUCGCUAACAGGAAAAUAUCGGCCAAAACAACAGAGGAAAUUCUGAGAACAAUCAAGAGCGAUUGUCGGUGUUACAAAUGUAGUUCUAGCAGAUUUUAAGGACCCUCAUGCGAAAUGUUAAGUUUAUGAUCACAGACUUUAAGUCAUCUACUUUGCUUGAUACAAUGCAGCAUUGCAUGUAAAUUCUAUGACGUGCUCGAGAAUCCUUAGUCAGUAUCGCUUUUUGGCGAUAAAAAGCAG